AUGUCAGGAGAUUUUAGUAUUACUCAAACUUAUUUGAAGUUUUUGGAAGAAGAUUCAGAAAUGACUAUGCCAAUUGCUGCUAUUGAAGCACUAGUCACUUUAUUAAGAGUUAAGAAUCCGGGAACAGCAGCAGAAGUUAUAAAUUCUAUCAAGUCCGCUGUAGAUGAGUUGGUUCAAACAAUACCCAAUUCAGUGUCUCUUAGAGCAGGUUGUGAUAUUUUUAUGAGAUUUGUUUUAAGAAAUUUGCAUUUAUAUGGUGACUGGGAAAAUUGUAAACAACAUUUAAUUGAAAAUGGUCAGUUGUUUGUUUCAAGAGCUAAAAUGUCUCGUAAGAAAAUUGCAGAAAUCGGUAUUGAUUUUAUAAGUGACGAUGAUAUUAUUUUAGUACAUGGAUUCUCCAGAGCGGUUUUCUCUUUAUUAAGUCAUGCUGCUGAUAAUCUAAUCAGAUUUAGAUGUGUAGUCACUGAGACAAGACCUUCGAAUCAAGGUGAACAACUUUAUUCUCUAUUAGCUGAAAGAGGUAUUCCAGUUACGUUAGUAGUAGACGGUGCAGCUGGCUCUAUUAUCACAAAAGUUGAUAAAGUGUUUGUUGGUGCGGAAGGUGUUGCGGAGAGUGGUGGUAUAAUUAAUGUCAUUGGUACAUAUCCUCUUGGUGUAUUAGCUAAUAAUGCAAGAAAGCCAUUCUAUGUUGUUACAGAGAGUCAUAAGUUUGUUCGUAUGUUUCCAUUAUCUUCUGACGAUUUACCUAUGGAGAAUAAAUUUUUGGAUUUCUCACGUAACACGACUGGUUCUGAAUGUAAGAUAAGUGGACCAACAAUAGAUUAUACUUCCCAAGAAUACAUCACUGCUUUAAUUACAGAUCUGGGUGUCUUAACACCAAGUGCUGUCUCAGAAGAACUAAUUAAAAUGUGGUACGAUUAA